AUCAGGGACUGAUGUUGGGAUGUCGAGGAGGCUCCAGUUCCAGUUCAUCCCAAAGGUGUUCAGUGGGGUUGAGGUCAGGGCUCUGUGCAGGACACUCGAGUUCUUCCACCUUCUUCCGAUCUUAACACUCCAUGUCUUCAUGGAGCUCGCUUUGUGCACAGGGGCAUCGUCAUAUUACAGAGUACAAGGACAUGAGUGUAGACAAAGGUGUAAAGAAGUACAUAUGGGGUGUGAUGGUCAGUGGGAUGAGGAGGGGGGUAAAGCAAAAAGCUGUAUCAGGAUAGGAGAACCCCACCAUCAGGAAACACUGGCUUUACCUGCUCAGAUUUGCCAUGCCAUGCCGUGACGUCAUCAACCCCAACGCCCCAAUGCAGUGUCAGUGAUUUUACAGAGAGAGAGCAAGCGGCGCGAGCUCGACCUGCUCCACGGACUCACUCUAAACAACAACCAAACAACAACAACAACAACAACAACAGGUGUCUUUGUGGACGUUAUCGGACGCUGGAGCGGUGGUGGAGAUGUUGCGGGUGUGCUGUCGGGGUAAAUCGCAGUCGCAGGUCUCGCCUAGCAUUAGCAUUAGAGUUAGCGUUAGCGUUAGCAUGGUACACUGACGGUGCAUUGCUCUACCGCUAAAUAAGUCAUAACACGCCGGUGUUGGCAUUUCUUAGAUGCGGCUUGCAGUGCGUUGAUGCCGUGAUGCUAGCUAGCUAACGCUAAGUGAGGGAUAAAGUGAAUAAUAGUGUUUUAUUUCUGUGUAUUAGGAUGUAAAGUGACACUUAAAGGACAGGUCAGGACAGGACAGGACAGGCUGUACUCUCGGCUGUACUGCUGCAGUGCUUGUGCACUGUUAGCAUUCAUUUAGCUCCAAGCAUUUAAAACGAUAAUGAUCAAAUCUAUCUAAUGAACUUCAGUCCGCUGUUUGUGUUUAGAUAGCCGAGGAGCUAAUGAAAAGCGAGGCGCGCUCAGUGCUGAGGAGGAUUUUAGUCAUCAUGCUAGCGACAUGUUGUGUGUUUACAUCUUCUCUCAGCGCGGUUCUGGACCAGGUUCUCACAGGUAUGAGCGGAAUAUGGGCUGAGACAGAGCGAGCAUCCGGGCUGGACAUGAACAAACCGUACUACAAUGGCCAUUUCCAAACACACUACCGCUGCGCUGUUCCUCCUAAUCGUGUGUUUUGCACCCAAACAGCUUUAAAGCUACAGUAGUGGAUUAUUGAACACUUAAAAAUUCAUUAUUUGUUCAAACGAACUGGAAGAUAUGUAGGGGAAAACUAUAGUGUGUGUCGUGGCCUUAGCGAAAGUGUUUUAAGGUGCUGAGAAAACCCCUUUGGGAAACCGAUUCGGGCUGGAAGGGUUGUUUAUGUUUGGAAGUGCUUCCUGUCAAUCAGUCCUAUUACUGUUAUAAACAUUGUACUCUAUUGGACUCUCUGGAUCCUGGGGGCGGAGCUUCGUGAACAUGGGCGGGAAUCAUUCAAGUGGAAAGACCUGAUCUUGAAAAAGAAUUUUUUUUUUUAAAGACUAAUCUUACUUAAUGCACCUUUAAAUCAAUGUCGUAACCAUGGUGAAGUGAUUGAUCAGCUGAGCUGCUACCAUUAAACAGAAUAAUAUAUUAUGGCGGCUUGCAGACACUACUGAAAGGUUUGUUUGGGGUUCUUUACAUUUUUUUUUUCUUAUUCCUUAAUAAUAAUUGUGCAAGUCGUCCGCCAUGUCGAGCAAAGCCUCGAGCAAAGAGAAGAAGUCCGGCCUCGGGAAGAAGCUGUUCCGCCGGGGCUCGGUGCGAUCUGUAGGCAGUUUUAUGAGCCGAGUGCUCAAGACCCUGUCCACUCUGUCGCAUUUCGGAUCCGAGCUUCAGCCGCCCGAAGGGGAGAAGGACGACGGAGGAUUCGCGGCGUUCAAAAACGAAGGCAAGGGAUCGGUGGCCUCGGAUGACAGCGACUGUGGCAGCUUCCUCAGUCGGGACAAAGUGCCGGGAGUGGCCGGUCUGAAGAACCAUGGUAACACGUGCUUCAUGAACGCUGUCCUGCAGUGUCUGAGCAACACGGAGCUCUUCGCGGAGUAUUUAGCGCUUGAACAGUUUCGCGGACAAGCCGACGAAGAAGAUAAGCCCAAGGCCAACGGGGUCCAUCCUCCCAGGAAAGAGAAAGGAGAAGUGACGGAGCAGCUGGCUGGACUCGUCCGAGCUCUGUGGACGUUCGAAUACACUCCUCAGCAGAGCCGAGAGUUCAAGAACGCCGUGGCGAAGCGUGCCAUGCAGUACAAGGGAAAUGCUCAGCAUGAUGCUCAGGAGUUCCUUCUCUGGCUACUGGACCGUGUGCACGAAGACCUGAACAACAUGGGCCAUAACAGACCUUCUAUAAAGCCGCCCAUAGAGGAAGACGAUGGAGCGCUGGAGGGACCUUCACCCCCGCUGUCGGCUGGCUCUUUUGUCCAGGAGCUGUUCCAGGCACAGUACAGGUAUAAUAGCAUCAAUAGCGUUUUGUACUGCUGUUUUUCAGCCAGUCGAAAGCCUUCACUUGUCGUCUUCUCCUCUUCAACAUGCAGAUCUUCACUCACGUGCCCACACUGCCAGAAGCAGAGCAACACUUUCGAUCCGUUUCUUUGCAUCUCGCUUCCCAUCCCGUUACCUCACACUCGGCCUCUGUACGUGACAGUGGUGUAUCAGGGCAAGUACUCUCACUGCAUGAGGAUCGGCGUGGCCGUGCCCCUCAACAGCACCGUCUGUAGGCUCAGGGAAGCUGUUUCACGCGAGACGAAGAUUCCUCCAGACCAGUUUGUCCUGACUGAAAUGUACUACGAUGGUUUCCACCGCUCUUUCUGUGACGACGACGACGAUCUUGACAUCAUUCAAGAAAGCGACUCCAUCUUUGCAUUCGAAACCCCGGAGACAUUCAAAUUAGAAAGCCUUCGCUCCAAAAGAGGGAGCCUCCUCGCAAACCUCAAUCAGAACAAUCUGAAGUAUGGCAAUGACAGCACUCGCACCCCAUCGUUCAUGCAAGGGGCGGUGAAUCCGGCAUCACCCAACAAAAACACAGGCGCUGACAAGAUGAUCCUGCUGAUCUGCAAUAGAGCCUGCAUUGGCCACCAAGGACGGAGGUUUGGCCUUCCCUUCGUACUGUACAUGGAGCGCACUGUAACCUGGGAUGUUCUUCAGAAGACGAUUCUGGAGAAGAUGCAUCAUCUGCUAAGACAAGGCGUUUACAUCCAGGUGGGGCCCUUCAGCCUGCGAGUGGUUGGUGUGGUGGGGAUCACAUACUUGCUACCACAGGAGGAAUUUCCUUUGUGUCACCCCACUGUUGAGAGGGCGUACAAAUCCUGUGGUGCAGGAGGCCCUCCUCAUGUCAAGAUUGUAGUGGAGUGGGACAAAGAGACCAAGGACUAUUUAUUUGGCCACACGGAGGAAGAGUACAUCCCUGAUGCUGAGAGUGUGUACCUGCACCGUGAGCAGCACCAUCACCCCCAGGCUUGUACCCUCGCUCAGUGCUUCCAUCUCUACACCAAAGAGGAGCAGCUGGCACCAGAUGAUGCUUGGCGCUGUCCGCACUGCAAGCAGUUACAACAAGGCCGCAUCAAGCUCAGCCUUUGGACCCUGCCUGAUGUUCUCAUCCUGCACCUCAAGAGGUUCAGACAGGAGGGAGAUAGGCGGGUGAAAAUGCAGAACAUGGUGCGCUUCCCGCUGGUUGGUAUGGACAUGGCUCCCCACAUGGUGAAGAGGAGCCAGAGCAGCUGGAGCCUCCCCUCGCACUGGUCGCCCUGGAGACGACCUUACGGUCUAGGCCGUAACCCGGAUGACUACCUGUAUGACCUGUACGCGGUAUGCAAUCACCAUGGAAACAUGCAUGGAGGGCACUACACAGCAUAUUGUAAGAACUCUGUUGAUGGGCAGUGGUACUGUUUCGACGACAGCGAAGUCCAGCCUAUGGCUGACGAGGACGUGUGCCAGCAGACAGCCUACAUUCUGUUUUACCAGAGGAGGGCAACUAUACCUUCAUGGUCCGCUAACAGCUCUGUCGCUGGCUCCACCAGUUCCUCUCUGUGUGAGCACUGGGUUAACCGGAUUCCUGGCAGCAAGCCUCCUAGCCUGGCCUCAGGAGCGUCCUCACGCCGGACGUCCCUGGCUUCUCUGGCUGAAUCCAUGGAGUUCCCUGGAGAUCGCAGCGAAGACGACGGAGGAUUCUCCACCCGACCCUUUGUGAGAAGCAUUCAACGUCAGAGCUUAUCUUCCAGAUCCUCCAUAGCUAGCCCGCUGACCUUCAGCGAGAACGGGAUGAAGCCGUCCUGGUCGUUGUCUGCCAAGCUCCAGAUAAGGUCCAACUCGCCCUCACGCUUCUCUUUAGAUUCACGCUCCUCGCCACCGCUGGAGAGGAUCGGAGAGGCUUGCGACGACAAGGUGUCCACGUCAUGCUUCGGGAACUACGGCAGGCACGAGCGCCAAACCGGCAGCAAAGCCCCGCUUGCCACGAUGGAAGGAAAUAGCAGUGAUGACGGCAGCGGUAAAAGGAACACAGAUGAGGUCUACUCCAGGGCUCCAUCAGUGGCUGACAAGAAGAGCUCUAAAGCAGAACCAUUGGACAACAACAACCAGAUCACUGCUGUGGACCAGAAUGUGCAUGGGACUCCUUCCAAGGAGCCGAGGCACAAGAGUUCAGGAGGCACUGUGUCGAAGGCAGAGGUGUCUGGUGCCAAAAAGACCUCAACCAAGACAAAGGGGGACCAAGAGAAGCCAUCUAAGAAGCGCCAGAGCACUUCUUCUGCCCAAAAGUCUCCUUCUUCCCAAGUGUCUUCCAGCUGUCAAGGGAAAGGUGCCAAAGUGACCAAUUUGAAAGAGAAGAGUGACACUGCCAAGGCUAGAGGCGUUCCUUCUGGAGCCCCAACAAAGAAGAAAGAGCCUUCCCAGUCCCAGGAGGCAGCACCAACAUCUGGAGCCACAAAAACAAAGCAGCGCUUGACCCCUACCCCUCAGUCCUCCGCUUCUCCCUCACCCACUGCCAAGAAGAGCUCUUCAGCGGUGGAGAGGAGCUCCAGCUUGUCAUCGAGCAAAAAGAAACUGGCUGAGAGGACGUCUAGUCGGGACUUGACUCACGCCAGCCCCCUGACGGAUCGACCUCGAGUCCCGCUGAAGGGUGCAGAAGGAGGCCGGCCUGAGCGGAGGCCAGUUAGGAGCUCGAGCAGCAGCUCCUCACUCACCAGCCUGCGAUCACCCAGCAUCUCUUCCAGAGAGCUACGAUGGGCCAGCAAGUCCGAGGACAAGGGGCUCUCCUUCUUCAAGAGCGCCCUAAGGCAAAAGGAGACGCGCCGCUCAGCCGACCUGGGCAAGAGCGCCAUUCUCUCUAAGAAGGUGGGUGAGAGGACAGCUAGGUCCGCCAGCCAAACCAAACUCAGUACAGAGGACGGUGAAGGCGACGGAAACUCUUCUCCUGCCUCACUAUCUAGCAAGGCUGCCAGCGACGACAAAGAGACGCCCAAACCCUCCACCCCUCUUAAACGUUCUCUGUUACCUGUAGGCAAGUCCAAGUCUUCCAGUUCUGACGCCAUCCUCCAGUCCCCUGUCAAUGGGAGGAGGCCUCUUGAAAAGACCAACUCGUCUCGAAAGCUUUCCUGCAGCAUGCAAUCCGGGCAACAAAGACGCCUCAAUAAUAAUGUUUAAAAUAGUAGUUUUGUUAUUUUCUGCAAUGCAGCUAUUUUUGAUGUGCCUAAGAUAUGUAUACACACUCUCACACAUCCGUGUGUGCAUGUGUGAGUGAAAGAAAUUAUAUUAUACAACUUUUACUUUUCUCAAAGAAAAUGUGUACAUUAUCAGAAGCGCCUUUCUACCCUGCCAUGGAGCCAAUUCGAUGGCAAGGUGUGGUGUACGAAUUUACUACUGUAUAAACUGUAUGAAUAGGAUUGUUCUGACUUAGCACUUUGUAUAUAUUAUUUUUUGUUUCAAACCAGGCGUACUCGAGAGACUGUGUAAUAUGUUUUUCUUUUUGUUUUGUUUUUUUAAAGAUGUUAGCCUCUGGUUUUCUUUAGAGAACUCAGUAGGGUCUUCGUAUUCCUGGCCGAACAAAUUGCUUCACUUCUACACUUGGUGCUAUAUAAAGGGCGACGUCUCCGUGUGGCGAAACACGGAAUUGCGGUCGAGGCUUGACAUGCUAACUAAUGGUUCCCGUGUGAAUGUACGUAGUUUUACGCAGAAGGUCCGAAGUAGAACUUGUCGUGAGCACCCAUCCAAAACACUUACUGUAGGACCCCCAUACUAUGGGAUAAUAAAUAAGUGUUCCAGUAGCGUCGCUGCCCUUAGAAGUAAGUGUACGCAGCAUUGCCAACUGUAGACCAAUAGUUAAUCUGUAGGAAUGAGCGAUCUUUUCAACAGUAAUUAGACAAUCUUUCUUUGUCUCAAGGCAGUGUAGCUCUGCAUGAGGUUCUGUUUUUUUUUUUUGUUGUUUUUUUUUUGGGUUUUGUUUAUUUAUUUUUAUAUAUUAAGAACCACACAGUCAUACUUGAGCCAUUUCCCCCUUUUUUUUGCCAAAUCAAAUGCCAGCAGCAUUCAUUAAUUUUAGCUUAGCUAGCUUUGAACCAGGGCCAAACCCCUUUGUGUGUCCAUUAAAGCGUGGAUUACCAGUGCAAUAGUUUGCAGAACUUUGUAGAUGGAAAAUAUAUAUAUAUAUAUUUACUCCUGUAUUUAAGAACUAUAACGUUGAACUUUGUCUUUUCCCUACAAUGAUUUUUAAUGAUAGAUAUUUUAUGUAUGCGAUAAAGAUGAAGAUAAAUACGAGGGAUAUUAUAAUGCUUUGAAUGCUGUGCCAUGUCAAUUCAUGGGAUUCGUAUAUAUAAAUUUUUCACUUCAGAGCCUUUUUCUUCCAACAUAAGAGCGAUAUUAAUGAAAUAUACCAUUUUUCCCCCCAACAUAAUUGAGAUCUUAUAUACAAAUGCUGGAAUCGUACUCUUGCCCUGUUUUUGACGAUGAUGGGAGAUCAUAGGAGAAAAUUUAUUACAUAUAAGUACAUGAUGAUUUUGGGAAACGACGGCUCAUCUGAGGAAGACAUAAGACGCAUAGCCUUAGUUUACAGUUACGGCAUUUGGCAGACGCCCUUAUCCAGACCGACUUACGUUUAUCUCGUUUAUACAUCUGAGCAGUUGAGGGUUAAGGGCUCAUCAAAGGGUGAUGGGACAGCUUAGUGGUGCUGGGAUUUGAACAUCCAAUCAGUAGUCCAACUUUUUAACCACUGAGCUACCACUAGUUAAGCAGUGCACGCAUUGGUGUCUCAAACUAACAAACCAGUCUUGUACUAUUCACAAUGGUUUCCGUUUUCAUUCAUCAUCCUCCCCGCUCCCACUCAAAAUAGAUUUUUAAAAGUAGCUGCGAUACGUUCUCCCACCGACCCACGUCAGUCACUACUACAUUGACCAAUGCGGAAAUGGACCAAAAUCACUUGUCAUAACUUGCUAGUAUAAUUACUGUUAAUAACUGUUAUAAUUAGAAGUGAUGUUUCAAAAUUGCAGCUAGUUUCAAGCUUUUGUUCAGUCACUCUGGGAAAAAAAAAAAGGAAAGAUACAUCUAUAUAUAUAUA